AUGGCUAAGUCUCGCAGUUCGGCGCCGCUCGGCUCGCUCGAGAUCAUGCGGAUGAAAGUAGCUAAUAAAAAAGCUGCCGACUCCAAGAGCUCUACCAUUCGCUCCAGCCAGGCCAAGAAAUCCCAGGCGGCCAUCCAGGACAGCAACACCAGUAGCGAGGGCAGUGAUAGCGAAGGCAGUGGCAGUGAUAGUGAUAGCGACGUCGACAUCGACCAUGCUCGUCUCGAAUAUGAGAAGAAGCAGGCGGAAAAGCUCAAGAAAGCUAUCGCAAAGCCGGGUUUGAAUUCUGCCGAGACCAAGUCGCCGCACAAGACCGAGACACCACCGCGAACCGCAGAGUCAACUACGCCUAAGACUAAGAUCACCGACACUGCCAAGUCUAAACCCGAAUCUACUUCCGACUCGGAAUCCUCCCCCGAAAUCUCCGAUUCCAAUGACGAGGAUGACGCUCACCCGGGUACCAAGCCGAAGAAGAGCAAGAGAGAGGCGGCUAAAGGCAAAGACUCAGAUCCAGCCCGUGAGGCCUCAAAUGAGGGCGAGAGCGAGGGCGAGAGCGAGGAUGGGGAUGCCAAGGAGACCCAGGAGAAGAAAGCUAGCGCAGAGACCAAGAAGAAGAAGGCUGGUGCGGAGACCAAGAAGGCCGGCGUGGAAGAGCCCACCCGGACAGACACAUCCAGCGAAGGCCAGAGUGAGGAGGAGAGUGAAGAGGAGAGUGAAGAGGGGAUCCCGUCUGUGCCACUCGGACCUAACCCCGGCCAUCUCAGUUCUCGACCGGCAUGGCUAAAUGGCUCCGACUUCACGCUUCGUAAAGCUUCGUCCGAUAACCCCGCCAAGGAGGUUACGGACUUUUUCAGCAAGGCCAACCUAGAGGGCAAGCAGGUCUGGUACUUCACAGCACCGGCAUCGCUGCCCAUUACGGUCAUAAAGGACAUGGAGAUCGACCUAUCUAAGGCCACAACCGGCGGCUCUAUACUCAACUAUAAAGGGGACAACUACGGUCUGGAUAUUGAAUCUCAAGCUACGAGCACACAGAUCCAGCUAUUCAUUCCCUCCCGCGGCGGAGAUAGUUACACUGCUCUGAACCGUGGCAUCGAUUCCACGGUACACCUCCGACGUAUCGCUAAGUUCGGACCAGGCGGUGCCGUCAGUGCAACCGCUGCUGACGACUACGUGCCAACGCCGAAACCUGUUCGCGAGCAGCCUCAGGGACUGAAGCCUCGUUUUACCCCCAUCGGCGUUCCCCAUUCCAAUCCUACACUGCCAGCUGCUCCCCUCCAAUCUCGCUCCACGGGAGCAGCACAACAGGCUGCCCCAGUCGGAUCAGAGAGCGAGCGGGAGAGCGAGUCGGAGAGCCAAACGACCAGUGACUCUGAGGAAGUAACGAUAACGCUAUCCAAACCCCCCACCUCGUCUUCCCCUUCGAAGAAGAAAGCUACGUCCUCGGGCACUGUCAGCAAACAGCUCAAGCGAAAGCAGCCGGCAGACGAGGCCGAGUCAACCCCGGCCAACCACUCGCAGCCUGCUGGGAAGACCACCAAGAGACCCAGGACAACCGCCACCAAGGCAGCAGCGCCCGUGCCGCCUUCGGCCCCGUCGCGCGCAGCCUUGACGCCUAACGGCGCGCCGCCGAAAACGUCCAAGGCGUCCAAGGCGUCCAAGGUGUCCAAGGUGUCCAAGGCGCCGGGCUCGAGUGCGAGGACAAAAACGCCCCAAUCGAGGCCCGAACACGUACUGCUCAGAUACACGCCCGUCCCGACCCCCACGAUUCCAAACUUGGAGACGAAGUAAUCAUUACGAGGGGCUUCCUGCUGCUCGGAUUCAUGGCGGCCGAGUUCUCGAAUUCAACAUCCUAUCUAUUCGUCAAGUGCCUAGCAGGCAUGGGGCGAUUGGCGAGGCGUGGCUAAGACCAAAUCGAGGCCUUGGUGACAGAUAGGGAUGUGUAUAGAUAGUUGUUACGAAACAAAGGAAAAGCAAGGCGUCGGCGGUAUGGCGAACAAAUCUUGCUGGCGUAGUCACACUCGCAUAUGUUUUAAGAGAUACCAUGGGCGACUACCUGCUCUCGGCUUAUUCCCGAUACCCAGAGAGCAGGUGAAUCGGACAGGUUAAUGCUGAAGCACGGGAAAGGAAUU